CGUUUAUUAACUGCAGAUGAUGGAGCUAAUGUAUUCUCCUGAGACUGCAGACAGUUUGUUACUGCCUGACCCACCGUGUCCCUCUAUUCCCUCACUGGGAGAUGGUGAGUCUUACCACGUCUUCAUCAGCUACAGCAGCACCGACUCCCGGUGGACUCACUCCCUCAUCGACCAGCUGGAGUCCUGCGGCUUGCAGGUCUGCUACCACGACCGUGACUUCACUCCCGGCCGCACCGUGUUGGAAAACAUGUCCGACUGCAUCCAGGAGAGCCAGAAGGUCCUGCUGGUUCUCAGCCAGGAGUUUGUGAGGAGCCGCUGGUGUCUCCUGGAGGCCAACAUGUCUCUGUUCAGAGACUGCCUGCAGAGGAAGCCCAUCGUCCCGGUGCUGCUGGAGCCAGGAGUCUCUGUUCCUCUCCACCUCUGCCACCUCACCUACCUGGAGGCCGACGACCCGGACUUCAAGGACAAGCUGCUCAAGGUGCUGUGCACCCCCAACCAGCAGCUUCAAGGGUCCACUGUGGUGCCCUUCCAGCCUCCUUCUAUCUACAAUGGGAAGGCCCUGCAGCCUUUGAUUGCUGUCAAUGAAGAGGGACUCAACAAAUGGAAUUGUGGUCAGUUCAGUGACAUGGAGGUGCCGGACCAACUGCGUCUGAUCAUUCAGGACCCCGAGAACUACAGAAAGGCUCUGCGCUGGGGCCAGAUCGUUUUGUCCCACAAGAGACGGGUCUAA